CGCCGCCGCUGCUGCUCAGUGCCGGAGCCCUCGGUGCGCGGCGGAGAGGAGAGGAUUCCGGCGGGAACUCGACUCUUGGCGCCACCGCCUCAUGCACUGUGUAGAUCAGCUUUCUCUGGAAUGGGCACAAGUGUGUAUCUUUUCCAGUCGGUUGCCCAGGAAGCUGUCUUCCAGAUUUUUCGGCAUUAGACAAGUUUUGAGAGUAUUUUAGAAGGGCUUUAUGGACCACGGCUACGAAGAGACCUCAGUUUGUUUGAAGAUGUAGUUGAUUUAAUUCCUGUGUAUUCCAUCUGGCAAGGUCCACGUGUACAGUCGCUGUUUAUGUUGUUCAGAAAAGGGAAUAAUUACAAGAUGCGAGGUGAACGAUGUUCAAACAAGGAGUGCUGGAGAGAGACGGAGGAUCUGUGAAAUGGUGAGAGGCUACCGCAGAUGAGGCAAUUAAAAACUUUGUGGCUUGUUAAGAUGACAACUAAUAAGUAGAAUUUUGUCCCAGAUAUUCAGAGACUUCAAAUCCAAUGAUCUUUCCAUUACCCUCUACUAGAUGUUAUGUUCCCAUUCCGUUAUUUUUUUUAAGUUCAGGUUCAGCACACGAAUUUGUUUGGGAAGAGAAAUCUGGAGGUUUCUGCUGCAUGGAAAACUCUGUAAUUUAUUACAUCAGUUGGAUUAUAAAGAACAGAUAGUCUUGUGGGAAAAAAUCCAUACUGUGAACCAGAAGAGCUGACUGACUGGUCUAUGGAUGAAAAAUGUUCAUUUUGUAACCUACAGAGAGAAGCAGUCAGUGAUUGUAUACCAUCUCUUGAUUCUUCACAGUCAACACCAACGGAGGAGCUAUCAUCUCAGGGCCAGUCCAACACUGAUAAGAUUGAAUGCCAAGCAGAAAAUUACCUACAUGCACUCUUUCGAAAGAAAGAUCUUCCUCAGAACUGUGAUCCUAACAUUCCCCUAGUUGCUCAGGAAUUAAUGAAAAAGAUGAUACGUCAGUUUGCAAUUGAGUACAUUUCAAAAAGUGGUAAAAUUCAAGAGAACAGAAAUGGUUCAAUUGGACCAAGUCUAAUAUGUAAAAGUAUCCAAAUGAAUCAAGCAGAAAGCUCCCUUCAGGAAGAGCAGGAAGGCCCCUUAGACCUCACUGUGAAUCGAAUGCAAGAACAAAAUACUCAGCAAGGGGAUGGCGUGUUAGAUCUCUCUACAAAGAAAACCAGCGUAAAACCUGAAGAAUCAUCCCUGUGUGACCCUCCUUCUGAGAAUUCAAUGGCUGGUUCAACUGUUGAUGCAAAUUCAGAGGAAGCUACUAAAAUGGAUAAAGAAAAAUCAGCAUUAAGCAGAGUUUUGGAAUCUUUGUGCAUACAUCACCGGCAACAAAUUUUGGCUGUGUUGAAAUUUCUAGUUCAAGAGCAAAAUGCUGCUUCUCUUUGUUGUUGUAAUACAUCAUAUGCUGUGUCUUCAGACUCUCAAAAGCCCCUAAUCGAAGAUGAUUUACAUGGUCUAUUUUGUAGUUGUGGGGAAUAUAGACUGGCAGAAAGAGGGUGUUUACAAAAUGCAAGACAAAGUCCUGGGUUAGCACCUCUGUCAGACUGUAUCCAAGAUUCACAUUGUUUAUCCUGCCAAACUGUAGCUAUUGAACACAUUAAGACAGUAAUGAAUAGAAGAAGUUCAAACGGUUAUAAUUCUCUCAGGUGCUGUUCUGGACAGUUGUCGAACAUUCACUCUACAAAAUCAGCCUUUCACACUCCUCCUUUGUCCAGGGAAGUAUGUGAUCUUUCAGUCAAUCUUAAAGAUGUGUGUAGGUCUCGAAGUCCCUCACCCCCGCCAUUAUCACCUGUGCAGACUGAAGAAUUUGAAAAAUUGAAAGAUGUUAUUUCAAAAUGUUCAGCCUUAGAAAAUAACAGACUUGAAACAAACAUUAACCAGCCUCCAUCUCUCAUACCAGCAGAAGUCAGCAGUGACAAGGAUGAUCAUGAAGGUAAAAUAUAUAAAACUAAAACACCCAUUAACUCUGAUUCUUUGCUCUUGGGAGACGGCAAUAACUGUAAUGCAAAUCAGGAAAAAGGUGAAAACAGUUUAAUUUUUCAAGAUUUAAUAGAUCGUAUUAAUGAAAAGUUAAAGUCAAUAGAAGCUACAGAUAUGACAAACUUUGUGAAAUCAUCUAGUGGGGAUUGUAAUACAGAUAAUGACUUAAAAUUGGGAAAUUUAAUAACCUCUCUCUUGCACAAUGCAAAGGCCGAUGAUUACAGUUUUAUGGAGUUACUGAGUCAACACGAUAAAGUAGAAAAUAAAAUUAUUCAGACAAGAUUUCAAAAGCGACAGCAAACCCUCUUUGCAAUGCACAACUCUCCUGAUUCACCCAUAGUUAGAAGGCAGUCUUUACAGAUAAAAAGAGAACUGGCUAGCCUUGGUGAAAAUUUUAUAAGAAAAAGAUACACUGAAAAAAAGUUGAGGAAAUCCAUGCGCAAUAGUGAGAUAUUUUCAAUGGACAAAGGCCCAGCCUAUCAUUGUCAGGGACCUUCUUUACAAAAUUUUAAAAGCCAUCAAGAUAAAAACCAUGCGGGAGCAUCAUUUUCACCAGAUUCCACAUUACAGCCAUUGCAACUACCUCUUCAUAGUUUAGAAACCAACUUGGCUUUUGACACAUGUUCAGGAAACUGUAAAACAACCCCUGAGAAAAUGAGCACAAGAAAACCACAGGAGAAAUCUGCAGCUGGGGGGAAAAAACUGCAGAACUAUAGGGAGAAUCCAAAAUUUGAAACCAUCCAUACUCCUUCAAAAAGUGAUGUUCCUGGACUUCUGAGUAGAACUAAACGAAAUAUCGUGCCUCCAGGGUGGUAUUCUAUAUAUGUGACAAAUAAUUAUGUAUUUAAAAAAUCUAAGCCUAAAAAAGUAUCUGAAUCCAUACCAAAAAAAGAUACAGUGAAAAAUAUUCAGAUUGAAAGCUCACACAAUAUAGAUCUAAACAAAAUUGCAAUGCAUUCAAAUUUACAAGUUGUUGUCGAGCGCUUGGAAGAUACAAUAAAUAUGGCCCAAAAGUCUUGGAGUAAUCAUCAGCCAUUAUCAGAAGGAUAUAAGGCAUCCAAGAAACCGAUAGACGAUGCCUAUGGUAAAGACCAAAACGCUGAGAGAAAUAUGACUGUUAACGUGAGUAGAAGGACAUGCAAAGAGCAGAGUUUUUCAAAACCUGUGCUGGCAUCCAGCAAGAUUAUCAAAAGCAGUCAUGUGCCUGCAAUGGAUUUGAAUAAUAAAAGACUUGAUAAUCUGAAAAAGUCAUCUAUUUUAGAAACGGGUAGCUUGAUUCCUAGGGUUGAAGAUGUACCAACAAAACAUGAAGGAAUUGAAAGCUCUUUUUCCAGUUACUCUAGUCCUGUCAAACUCAUGUUUCUCUCUGAGGUUAAAAGCAGUGAAGCAGUCAAAUACAUUUUGACUUCAGUUGGUACUUCAGAAUCAAAUAUUGAUCUUCCUUCUGAAAAAUGUCCAAGUCGUCAUGUAAUUGAAGAAAAACAGGAAACAAAUGAAGAUAUCCCAAAUGCUAACUUUGAAAAUUACAGUUCUAAUCAUAAUGGUGUUGACACUCCUCAAGGAGAACUAAAGAAAUUUAAUUGUGCAAACGAAAUUCCAGAAUCUUCUACAAUGUAUAUAGCUAAUAUGAAUAGUGAUAAGCCACAAGAAGAACCGAACGAAAAUUCAAGCAAUGCAACUGAUUCAUCUUUUAAAAGAAAACCAGGUAGACCUAAAAAAAUAGGUCCCCAAGUUGUGAAACAGAUUAAGCGACCAAUUGGAAGACCGCCAAAACCUAAAACGGAUCAAACAGACAUCCCUGUUUGCCAAAACAAGGCCUUUAGUGCUGAAGAGAAAAGCCCAGAAUCACUCGUAUCAGGAGUAAAAGAAGGUCUUUAUAAAAAUAGUAUCACAGUAACUGUUGUUUAUGGACGGUCAAGAAGAACUAAAAGGUAUGUUUCUGAAGGAAGUGUAAACAUAAACAAUGUUAUGUCUUUCAACAAUAAUGUUGCUGAUUUUUCAGCUGAAUACAGUAGUCUGAGACAUAUUAGAGACCUCAAAAUCGACUCCACUGAAAGAGUAAGUGCUGUAUCAAGUUUGACUACUGAGAGUGAAACCUUGGGGCCUGGCUCUGAGUAUGUUAGACCGAUCAAGAACAAGUCUGUAAUACCUCGCCUCUCCAACAACAUUAUUCAACCAAGCCAGAAGCCUUUGACAGUAGUUAGGAAGCCUGGUAGGCCUGCAAAAGUGAAAAUCUCUGGCAUAUCUGUGACUAUUAAUAGAAUUUCACCUCAGGAAAGAGAAGUAAGUAUUAACAGCUACUUACCUCCUUUAGAAAAGGGGAAUGUGUUAGGAAAGAGUUUGCCUGAAGAAAAGUACAAUCGCCGGUGUAAUGAAAGAGAGAGAGCAAGGCACACGGAAGCAGACAUUUUAAAGAAUGGAUCAAAAAGUAUGGCUGCUGCUAUACCUUUGAGAUACUCUAUGAGAGACAGAAAACCAUCUCUGCAUUUUCUGCAUUCAUUAACAUCUUCUAGACCCCUCAUUUAUAGAAACGCUCUGCUCCAUAAAUCAUAUAAACUCCAUUUGCAGAAAAGUAAAGGCCAGAAGGAAAGACAUAGGCAGUCAAGGAUAAAAAUAGCUUCCAAAGGUACCUCAGGAGCUAGAAAUUCAAGGCAUGCAAAAAAGUGUUUGGAAGAUGACAAAUUAAUACCCAUUGCUGAAGUAUCCAUGGAUCCUAUAAUUUCAUCAAACUCUUUACUCAGGUGGUGGGCUACUUCUUCAAACGAUUCUUUAUUGGAGGAAUUAAACAAUAGAUUUGAGCAAAUAACAAAUGCUUGGGUGCAAGUGAGUGGAGAUGAAGCUGAAAAUUCUGUUCAUAAAAACAGAGAACACAUUGAAAACGAUCAUUUCAAAAUAGCAAACCCUUUGGAAACCUGCCUUGUGGAACUUGAAGUUUCACCUGUAAAAAUGCUUUUUCAGAAAAAGUAUGAUUUAAAUGAACUCUGUACCUGGUUUAUGCAAACGACAGAAACGCAGUCUCUUUCAUUAGUUAGAAAAGCAAAUGCUCGAAACCCUUUGGAGGUAAUAAAUACCAGGGAAAUUAAAUUAGGGACCAAGCAUUCUGAUUUUAAUACCAGCCCCAUCAGAAAGCACUUUAAAAAAUUUGCACUAUCCUCUCCUUCAAAAUCAGCAGGGAAAUUGCAUAUAUUGCAUAAAAUGGUUAGCUCUCCUGUCUUAAAAGUGAAAAAUAAUUUAACACUAGCAAGAUUAAAAAGGACUGAGUUUAAAAGGUUGCAGCAUGACAGGUGGAGAAGAGAGAGAAAGCUGCGCAACCGUGAAAUGGUUGGUUGGAACUCUCAAAGGAGAAACUUAAGAUUUUUCUGCCAGAGCCAAUUUUUAAAUAAGACUGAGGAAGGAACACAUGUUGACAUCCCACUCCAAGGAAGCAGCACAGUAGAUAAUCAGCUUAUUUUGCCACCUGAGAUCAGGGAUGACUUUCUGCAACAGGCAGUGGCUGGCUUCAAAACACACGCUAGUUUAGAGAAUAAGUUUAAGUCAGAAAUAAAGGAGAAUGAGACAAAUUGCAGCCAAAAAGAAGAAAAGGGACCAAAGCUAGGAAAUGUAUGUGCAAAUGAUUGGAAGUCAAAAACCUUAAAAGAUUGUAGAAUAUUUUUGAGGAAGAUCAACUAUCUUGAGCACAGAAAUACUUUUAGGUUAAAUACAAUCAUGUACUCUCCUGACCCUACUGACAAUGGAAGUAAUCGUCAGACUCAGAGAGAAGAAUCAAAGCGCUUUACCUUAAGAUCCCAUUCCGCUAGGCAAAAUCCCUUGAAAAUGCUGUCUAAAGAAAUAGAAAAUGCUAAAGCAAAUAACCCUUCUGCCAAUAAAUUUGCCAGCCAACAUGGCAAUAGUAAAUUAAAUAAAUGUGUUAACUAUGACAAGAAUCAUUCCGAUAGCUCUGUAGUCCUUAGCAAGUUGAGCAAAAGAAAAAGACCACCUUGGAAGACCACAGAAAUGUCAACAAAAAGACAUAAACGACAGUCUUGCAAGAGUGGACAAAUGGCAAACUAUUAUUCAAAAUCCCAGCUAGGUCAUAAUGAGAAAAUAUUUACUGUGAAUUUGGGGAAAUAUGUGAGAUCAGUGUCUUCGCAAGUGCAUGUUCAUAGUCUUCAUUUGGUGAGAACUGGAUGAAAUGAAGUAGAUAUUUUAAUAUAAAAACUAAUCAGUUCAUCAACACAUUCUUUUUUAUAUGGGCUUCAUAUUGCCGCUUUGCUAAUUGCCAAUGCCGUAAGUAAAAUUAUUACUUUGACUCUGUUUAAAGUAUUCUAAUACAAUUAGGAAUUUUUAAUUAAUACACCUUUUGUUUACGGUCAGGUUUUGGUUGUUUUUUUUUUUUUUACCCCAUCAUAAUUCUCUGAUAAACUGAGUAAAGCAAGAGUUUUAAGUUUUGAAGUGUUUCUAACUUUUGCCACAAUACUUUAUUAAAAUAUAAAGCAGCUACUUUGAUAAUCCAGUGUGUUGAUAUUUUUUCUUAAAAUUUUUCUUGAAUAUUUUAUAUCCCAUUGCUGUUUCAACCAUUACUGAAUUUUCAGGAUAUUCUGCUUUCCGACUAAUUGCCCCAUGUUUUUUAUAGAAAACCAUUCAACUUAUUUAACAAUCACUGAAUUGUGAUUUGCCAGACAUUGUAUUAGAUAUUACCUAUAGUGGAACUCAAAGAGGUUAUCUAAAAGAUAUGCCAAGUUGUUUUUGCUUUGGCAACAUAUAAUUAGUGUAACUUGAGAAAAGAUAAUCUGGCUGAUUGUCCAUACUAGUGGAUAUGGAGUACAGAACUAUUUUCAAGCAUAGGAUUAAUUUUCUAAAUCUGGGAGUCCAGCCCAGGGCCUGGUUGUGUAAAUAAAGUUUUAUUGCAACACAGCCAUGCUCACUCUUCUGCAUAUUAUCCAUGGCUGUUUUUGUGCUAGAGUAACCGAAUACCAAAUUGAGUAGUUGCAACAGAGGCCACUUGACCUGCAAAGCCUAAAAUAUUUACUCUCUGGCCUUUUGCAGAAGAACUUUGCCAACCCUGCUUUAAAUCCUUAGAAUUUUAAUAUAGCGUGGCUAGGGGGGAAAAUGCCAUGGAAAUUUCAUUUAAUUGAUUGAAAUCAUUCUAUCCCAUUCAUCCCCAACUUCCCAUCCGUUCCCUCCCUUCCCCGCACAGUACAGUAUAUUUCUUAUGCUUUCUGACAUGUUAGUGUUUUGUUUUUAUGGGACAAGACCUGUUUUAUUAUCCAGCAGAGUGGUGCUGGAAGAGCCAUGAGUGCCAAUAUGGUUUUGUUUUGUAAAUCUUUAUUGAAUGGCCCUGCAGCGUCCAAGCCUGCUUUUAUUUUAUCUGAGGUAAGUUCAAGGGUCACCCUUCUCCUCAACCAGCUGCUACUACCUGUUAGAGAUUGAUUUCAGUGCUUCGUAUCAUGAUACGUUCCUGCCUCAGGGUCUAAGUGUUCAUCCCUUCUCUCCCCUCUUUUCUUCCUUUUCUAUUUCUUCACUUGGGAAUACAAAAUUCUCAGUUCAGCUUUCAUGGCUGCCUUUCUCCCUCUCUCUCUCAUUUUUCCCAGGCAGUAAAUUUUUCUCUUUAUAGUGGAGCUGAGGAUUCUCGUGACUAUCGUUAUAGUAAGCCUACUGAAUUCACCUACGGUUUAAUGGGAAGACAAGACUGGGCAGGUAUCUGACAGUUUCAUCCUGCUAGGUUUUUUUGUUUGUUGCAUUUUAAUUAGCAUCUUGGCAUUUUCUUCCCUCCAGUUCCCGGCAACCUGGAAAACUGCUACUUUCUGUGCUUUACAAACAUAGAAAGCUAGAUUUUAGAAGCUUGUUUCUAUAGAUUCCAUUAAUUUAUUCAUUCAAAAAAAAUUGUCUCCUAUGUGUCUGGCAGUAUGCUAGACACAUGGGGUAUAAUGGUGGACAAAAAUAGAUAUGGUUCCUGCCCUCAUGAGUCAAGAUUAUUUGGAGACAUAGACAUUGCUUAAAUAAUUACACAAAUCUGAUAAGUUCUCAGUAUGUCAGUUAUCUUUCAAAGAUAUUUUUAAAAUAAUAAACAUUUUUCACACAAAUUUACUAUUCCUGGUGCUCUUUAUUUUUGUUAUAAAGAUCCAAUAAUCUUCCUUCUUCCUAAGUAACUUCCAGCAUUUCUUGUAGUUUAGGUCUGCAGUUAAUUAACUCAGCCUUGCCUUCGUAUGUCUGAAAAAGUCUUUAUUUCACUUUUGUUUUUGAAAGAUAUUUUUGCUUAGUAUUGAAUUCAACUUUGACCAAUUUUUUGUUUUUUUUUUUCUUUUAGUACUUGAAAGACAUUGCUUCACGGUCUUCUAGCUUACAUUGUUUCUGAUGAGAAGUCUGCUGUUAUUCUUAUCAUUGUUCCUCUGUAUGCAAUGUGUCUUUUUUUCCUCUGGCUGCUUUUAAGACUUUCUCUUUAUUGCUGGUUUUCAGUAAUUUGAUAAUGAAAGUGCCUUGGCAUGGUUUCCUUCAUGUUUCUUCUGCUUGGGGUAUGUGAGUUUUUAGUGUUCAUCACAUUUGGAUAUUUCUCAGUCAUUGUUUCUUCAAAUAUGUUUCUAUUUUCUCUCCUGGGAUUCCAGUCACAAGUAUUUUGUGCCACAGAUCACUGACACUCUGUUCAUUUUUGUUAAUUUUUUUUCCUCUUUGAUUCAUUUUGGAUAGUUACUAUGUUUUUAAGCUCAUUAAAUUUUUCUUUGCUGGUGUCUAAUCUGCUGUUAAUCCCAUACAGGAUAUUUUUCUUUAUAUAGUUAUAUAUUUUUGACUCCAGAAGUCAAAUUGAGUCUUCUGUAUAUCUACCAUAUUUCUCCUCAUCAUGCUCAUGCUUUCCCCAAUUUCUGGAACAUAUGGAGUUUACAUAAAAUACCUGUUUUAACAGCCUUGUCUGCCAAUUCUGUCAUCUGUUAUUACUUUGUCGAUUUCUAUUGAUUUAUUUUUAUCCUUAUUAUGGGCCAUAUUUUCAUGUUUUUGCAUUCCCGGUAAUUUUGGAUUAGAUGCCAGACAUUGUGAAUUUUAUGUUGUUGAGUGUUGGGGUGUGUCAGGGGAGGGGUUAUGUUUUAAAUAUUUUGGGGCUUUGUUCUGCAACACAGUUAAGUUACUCAGAAACAUUUGGCUUGUUUUUUUAGGCACACCAGAACAGCCUGUAGUCUAAGAUGGUGGUUCUCAAUCGGAGAUAAUUUUGCCUUCCCCCACCCCAAGGAUAUUUGGCAGAGUCGGAAGGCAUUUUCGAUUGUCAUAACUUGGGUGCCAUGGGCAUCUAGUGGGUAGAGACCAGGGAUGCAGCUAAACAAUCUACAAUGCAUAGAUAGCCUCCCACAACAAAAAAUUAUCUAGCCCAAAAUGUUAAUAGUGCCAGGGUUGGGAAAACCUCUUUAGGGCUAAUUUGGUGGUGCAGUGGUUAAGAGCUUGGCUGUUAAUCAAAAGGUCAGCAGUUCAGAUCCACUAGCAUCUCCUUGGAAACCCUAUGGGGCAGUUCUACUCUGUCCUAUAAGGUUGCUAUGAGUCAGAAUCGACUCAAUAGCAAUGGGCUAUGAAGCAAUAUCAAUACACACCUGAGAGCUCUACACAGUGCCCCAUUUGUUAGGAGGUCUUUUCAUUUUGGCUAGUGGGAACACAACUAUAUCCAGCCUGAUGUAAUAGCCAGGGAUUAUCUGCCUGGUCCUUUUCAGUAGCCCUUUUCACAGUGUUAGGAAGUAUUCAAACUUACCAGUAUUCAUCGCUAGACUCUAGGGGAUCUCUCAUUCUCAGAAACUGUCUCUUGGAAACUCUCUCCUCUCCUGUACUCUGCCCCACAAAUUGUGGUCACUUUGGUCUCCCUGAACUCCAAACUCUGUGUCCUCAAUUCAGGAAAACUUCUGAUCUCUGUUUGAAUUCCCCUCCCUGUGUUGCAGCCUAAAAACUCUCCAGAAGUAAGCCAGACCAAUUUGUUUCCCUUCUUUCGGUGAUCACUGCACUUCCUGCCAUUCAGAUUCUUAAAAUGAUCCUCCUUCCCUUCCUCCCUCUCCCCGCCCCCUUUUUUUCUUCCCUCCUUUCUUUCUGUCUUAUUUAAGGUGAGUUGUAAAUCUGGUUUCUGUUACUCCUUCAUGGCCAGAAGCAGCAAUGCCAGAUGAAAUCUUUCAGCAAACAUUUAUCAAUCUUCAGCUAUUGCUAGGUCUAAUACCAGUGCUAGAAAUAAAGUACUGAACGAGACCAACAAGGUUCUCUACUUCCAUCAAGCUUGUAUUUCAGUGGGAGGGAGAAACAAAAUAGAAAACAUGAAGCAGUAAUAAAUUGUCUUAAUGAAAUUGGACAAUUAGGAGUUUAGAGAGGGAACUACUUUAAGUAGUUGGGAAAACCCUCUCUGAAAAAGUAACAUGUAAGCUGUGGGUAGAGUUAUCUAGGAUAUCACUGAUGACCCAAACUGUGAGUAUGGAUGAGAACUCCUAAAGAGAGAGUGUAGAAUAAGAAGAAAAGAAGACCUGUGACUCAACCUGGAGAAAUUCCAACAGUUAUUGGCCAGGUAGUGUAAGGUGCCCUGCAGUGGAAGUGACUGAUAACCGAGACAAAAGGAAAGCCAGCAAUGUGUUUCGUUUCAAAAGCUAAGAGAAGUUGACUUUCAAGAAAGAAGGAAUGGCUACCAGAGUUGAAUGUCCCUAAGAGGACAAGAAAUUUGAGAACGAAAGAUUGCUUAUUAAAUUUAUCAAUGUGAGGGUCAUUGGUGACUUUAUUAAGCGCUGUUUUUGUGGAGUGAAAGGACAAAGGACUGGAAGCCAAAUGGAAGUAGGUUCAAGAAUAAGAAGGUAAGAAAAUGGAGAGUGAUUUUAGGAUAACUCUUUAGUCUGUCUCUAAAAGUGUUAACUUGGGGAAAAUGAGUGAUUGAAUAAAGUUUUCUUUUUUAUUUGUUUGUUAAAGAAUGAGAGACAUUCUUUGACUUGUUUAAACACCAUGGAAAGGAUCCAGUUGAGAAGAGAUGGUUAUCUACUGCCACAAUAGUGCUAUAUUACAAACCAUCCCAAAACUCAGUGGCUUAAAAAAAUAAACAUUUAUUUUGCUCAUGGGUCUGUGGGCUGGCAAAUUAGACUGGGAGGUUCUUCUGAUCUUGACUGGGCUCCCUCACAUGUCUUCUUAUUAGCCGCCUUUCAGAUAUGUGCUCCACGUGUCUCCCAUCUAUCCAGCAGACUAGCCCAGGCAUGUUCUCAUGGCAAAGGCAGAAGUUUCAGUAAGUGGAAAUGUCCAAACCAUUUAUCAAGCUUCAGCUUGCAUCAUAUUUGCUGACAUCUCAUUUGGCCAGACCACAUCACAUGGGUGAGGCAGAAUGGGAAGACACCACAAAAUUACACAAUGAAGAGACUGAAUAUAGGGAUGAGUAAAGAAUUGGGGCUAUUAAUGCAAUCAGUCUACCACAGAUGGUAUAUCAGAGGGGAAGGGGAGCAGGAAUUAUUGGUUAUGAGCAUUGAUGAUAAGAUUCUGAGAAGGCAGGUGAGAACAGAGUCCAAAACAUCUUAAGUCAUGUCAGCUUCUGCCUUCUUUACUGUUAAUUUAUUGGCGUUAUUAUAGAGCAACAGCUUGCUAAUUGCUUUUAACUUCACAUUAAGUUAGUAGUGAAAUUUCCUUUUUUAAAUCAUUUUUUAAAGGUGGCUGAGUCACAUUUAUGUAUUUGUUGGAUAUUUGAAUGCUUAUUAUAUUUAAGACACUGUUACAGGUACAGUUUUGUUGUAUUAAUAUACAAGUUCAUUAAAUGCAGGGGAAGUCUUUCGGAUCCUACAUGGUCAUGGAUGUCUUCUAAAUUGUUUUGCAGAACAGACUGUGUUCAUUGAUUUCUAAGAGGAUUGGUUUUGUCCCCUUGAUCUGAUUAUAAUUACUUUUAUUUCCCAUUCAACUAAAAACUCAAGUAGAUACCGGAUUUCUCAGUUAUAAAAACAUUUUUCCACUCUACAUGUUCUUGUGUGAAUUCUUGACUACCGUGGUUUUCUCUAAUAGUUAUAAUAGCACUUACUUGUUAUGAAGCACCUACCCUGCACCAGUGUGCUAAUCUCUGUAUCAUCUUUAUAUUGAAAAAAAAAAAAAAAGGAAUUUUCCUAAAAUUGUUCCAAAUAAGUUAGAAAUCUAGAGUUGUAAUCGAACAUUAUCUUAUUUCAAAGUCUUGUUCUUAAUCACCAUGUUCUGCUGCUUCUCCACAUAAUCACACUGGAUAAUUAAAAGCAAGUUAGAAGAAAAUUCUGACUUAAAUUCUCUCAUUUAACAAUCUCUUAUAUGGUGGACACUGCAGAAACAAACCAUACAGAUAGACAACCAUUUUUAUUCCUAAUAAAAACUCAUGUACCUUUUUAUUUUUUGUAUGAGUACUAGCAUUAACUCACAUUUAUUGACUCUUAACAAUGUAUCAGCAGACCAAGAAUUUUAUAUGUAGUCCCUAUACCAAGUGCUUUACGUAAACUCAUUUAAUAAUCACAUUAUCAUAAUGAGGUGGGUGUUUUCACUGUCUUCAUUUUCCAGGUAAAUAAAAAAUUGGAGCUAAGAGAGCUUAAGGAACAUGCAUCCAGCUGGUCAGUGGUUGGAUUCAAGAUCGGAACUCAGGUUCUACAACACCUCCUCUGCCCCAGCUUACUAAAAUCCUCAUCCCUGAAUAUUUUAAAUAUUCUCUUGAGCCUCUCAUUCUGCUGUGAUUAGUCUCUCUGUAAUCCGUUAGUUCUCAGUUACUCUCUAUCACAUGCUGCUUUUUUAGCUCAGUAAUUUAUGUAUACCUUCUCCCCCUGCCCCAUUACUAAGCUACAGAAUUCUUGAGAACAGACACCAUCACGCUUUGUUUAAUUCCUAGUGUAUUAGUUAGGUACUGCUUGGCUACUGAGGGAAGAGUUCUGACCGAAGCUACCACCGGACCUGGUUGAUGAAUACAUGCCAACUCCCCUUAGAACUCAAACCCUGCUUUGUGGCACGAAGGUCCUCUCUCCAUAUAAAGACUCCUGGAGCCUCAGCACCAUCAAUAUCAAAGAGUCCAAUAGACGAAUCACUCUUCCUUUUUAUAACUUACACAUCAGAAACAUGGGAAUACAAUUGUCCACAUUGUGAAGGUUCUCUGAUCUAGACCUGUGCAUUUAACAACCCUAUCACAAUAUAUGGGUAGGUUCAUGGAGAUAGCAGACUCAAGGGUAGUGCUGAACCACAGUAGGUAUUCAGUACAUUUUUACUGAGUUAAAACUGGAAGACACCAUUUCCAGAGGUAUUCUGUGGUGGAAGUAACCAGUCAUCCAGACCUUGUAGUUAAAUUGACGAAUUCAAAUUUGAUGAUGUUGGGUACAUUAUAGUAACUGUUCAAAUUCCAAAUUCUAUACCAAAAUCCAAUUUAUGCAAGCAGCUGACUUCUUUCUCCCUUUGAAAAGAUGAAUUUGUGCUCCCUGAAACCCUUGACCUAAAGAAUACUCUUAACAGUAGCUCAAAAAGAAUUCUAUGCCCCCCCCCCUUUUUCCCCCUGAAGCUGAAAGAGAUGAGCAGAAGCUCCUUAUUUAGAUAAAUGCUAUGAUGCUACGAGGAAGCUUCAUGCUGUACAGCUCUUUUGGGUGGGGUCAUGGCUACUAGCCCUUAGGGAUAACUUUGUGUCUGAAACCUGUAAACCAGACACUUUUCCACUUAUCUCACAUGUAUUUUGAAGAAGUAAAUAGGUAUUAACAUGAAGGUGGGGUCAUGACUGAAUUAAAACAACCCAAGAGCUUGGUUACUAACCAAAAGGUCGGCAGUUUGAAUCCACCAGCUGCUCCUUGGAAACCCUAUGGGGCAGUUCUACCUGUCCUAUAGUGUUGCCACGAGUCAGAAUCGACUCGAUGGCAACAAAUUUUUUUGUUUUUUUUUAAAUAUGGUAGUAGAGCAUAGGCCCUGCAUUGCUGUUGCUAGGUGCUGUCCAGUCAGUUCCGACUCAUAGUGACCCUGUAUACGACAGAACAAAACACUGCUCAGUCCUGGGCAACUAUUGCUGGGUUUCAGCCCAUUGUUGCAGUCACUGUGUCAGUCCAUCUCAUUGAGGGUCUUCCUUUUUGUUGCAGAGACCCUCUACCAAGCGACCAAGCCUAAGUCCUUCUCCAGUGACUGGUCCCUCCUGAUAACAUGUCCAAAGUCCUUCUCCAGUGACUGGUCCCUCCUGAUAACAUGUCCAAAGUACCGGAGACAUAGUCCUGCUGUCCUCCCUUUGAAGCAGCAUUCUUUAUGCCCCAUUCUUCUUCAUAUAAUCCAGCUUCUCAGAUUAUUUGCUCAGCAUACAGACUGUAUAGCAACUGUACAGGACAGAGUAGAACCACCCCAUAGGGUUUCCAAGGAGCAGCUGGUGGAUUUGAACUGCAGACCUUUUGGUUAGCACCCGUAGCUCUUAACCACUGAGCCACAGGGGCUCCAAAAUAGCCAUAAAGAGAUAGAAAACAAAUUAGGGGGAGAGAGGAGGAGGAGGAGGGAUUGUAACAAAGGAUUAAUUUUCUUAACAACUACACAACAAUUAAAAAAGGUCAUUAUCCCCAUUGGCAAAGGACCCAAAAGGAGAUACAAAUGACUUCUAAAAUGUGAAAGUACGCUUAAUCUUCCUCAUAAAAGAAAUGCAAAUUAAAACAGUGACAUUCCACUUUUUAGCCUAUCUGAUUUUCAGGGAUCCCUAAGUUUUAUUACAUAUUAUUGGUAAAAGUGUGAGGAAAGACAUUUUCAUACGUUCUUGGUCAGAGCGUACAUUGGUAUACUAUGAAGGACAUACCAAAAUUUAAAAGCACACACCCUUUGAUCCAGCUAUUCCACACCUAGAAAUCAACCUUAUACUUGCACAUAUACUUAAGGACACACAUACAAGAAUACUGAAUGCAUUGUUGCUAUUUUAAGCAAAAGAUUAGAACAGCCCAAAUAUCAGUUGAGGACUGAUUGGUGAAAUAAAUUCUUGAUGUACCCAGAGUGGAAUUCUAUGUAGCUGUUAAAGGAACUAAGUUUUUGUAUUAUACAGAUACGAAACAAUCUCCGAAGUAUAUAUUUUUCGAAAGCAAAUACAUAACUAUAGAAUGAUGUAGGGGGUAAAGGGAUGUUGAAACAAAUAUUUCUAUACUUCAUUAUGAAGAGACUAUCUGGAAGAAUACACAAGAAAUUGGUAACAAGAGUUGCCCUUAGAAGAGGGACUAGGAGCAGUGACUUUUCCUUGUAUAACAUUUGUACUGAUUGAUUUAAUUUUACCUAGUUUCAAGCAAAAAAAAACACUUAAAAAUUACAUCGAGUUGAACAGUUACUAAUCCUUCACUUGGUUCAAAUGUGUCUGAUUACAGCACAAAUUCCUGACAUCAAACCUACUUAGUCAAAAUUUUAAUUUUGAAAUAGAAAGGAAUGUUUAUAAACACUCCCUCUAGACUGCAAACUCUGAGAACAUGGAGCAUGUCUUCCUCGUCUUUGUGUCCCAAAAGUGCUUUUCUAAUGAGCGCUCAAUAAAUGAUUGUAAAAUCAUUUAAUUGACUCUGGUAUUGAAAAGGGAAACAAAAAGUGCUCUGGUAAGUACUAGCAAGGUUCUUACAAUGCUCCAGAUAUAUCUGGCUUUAGGACACUGGAAAGAAAGCGUUCUAUUUUUCUGUAACUUAGUUUCUCUGUUAAAAAAUAAAUAAAUCUCUUGUAGCUUUAAUGUUCUAAGGUCUCUGGUUCCAGCACCUCAUAGGCUGACUGUACUCCUCUAUCCAUGGUACUUGGUGGAUCAGCAGUGCCCAAACCGUGACUGCACACCUACUUGUUCUUUUUAACUGUAUAUAUACUUAUGAAUUAAACACAGUCUGUACGUUACUAGUAAAGCUUAGUUCUUUUUUAAAACAAAAUAGUACUUACUUUCUAUACAUGUGUAUGGCCUUAUGCAUAAAUAAAAAUAUGAAGACUAAGUAGUCCUCAAAGGAAGGAAAAACAUUACUGCUUUAUCUGAGCUUUGCCUACUCAAAGACCAAAACUUGAAGUCCCUGAGGCCAUCAAUCUAAUAAUUGUAACCAAUUAAAACUUUUUUUCUAAAAUCAGUUAAGAUUUCUGAUAUGAAUGAAAAUAUUGUUUUGGAUCUUUUUUUCAUCUGUCACACAUCAAGCUGAGACUUAAAUAUACUCCUAUUUUUUAUUAAUCACAUCUGUUUUGGUUCUUUAAAGUGAUUGCUACUUUUGAUGAGUAAUCUUUUAAGUUACUUUGUAGUUUAUGUCAUUUUACCUACUAUCUAUAAUAGUUAUAGUUGAAACCAUGUCAUUCAGUGGAACUGGCACUGUUUGCCUGGGAGCCUAGGGAGAACAUGAUAAAAAAAAAAGCAAAACAAAAACUCACUGCCAUCAAGUCGAUUCCAACAGCUGUGUUAAAAUACGGCAAAACAUUGUGGUUUGUUGAAUGGCAAAUGAGUCAAUUGGCUGAAGCUGCAAAAGGGAUCUGAAAAAAUGCUACUGGAGUCUGGAUGUUGCCAUUUACUAACUCUAACAAGUCACUUAAGUACUAGACACCUCAUUUCCUUGUUAGUAUAUAAAUAAGAUUUUUAGACUUAAAGUUGGAGAAAGCAGAGGAGCGACUUAGUCUAACCACAGAGUUGAGUGUUAAAUGAGCUGAUGUAUGAAAAACUAUACAAUUCCUAAGUGUAAGGAUUCACAUUUGAAGAUGUGAAUUGGCUACCAUAAAUAUUUAAGACAAGGAAUUACACGUGUACAUGUGCAUUACAUGGGGGGUGGACUGACUAUCCUUCGGACUCACGUUUCUGUGAUUCUGAAGAGUAGCACUCUGUCCCAGAUGUUUCAUUACAUGAUUUUUACAAACGUCCAUCAAAUUUUCACUGAGCUGCUGCUGUGUAUUCAGCACCGUAUGUGUCUCCAGAGCUAAGAAUAUUAACAUCCUUCCCUUCAGGUCCAGUAGGUGCUACCAGACUAUCACACACGAAACAAUAGCAGACAACCCAGAAUAGUUUUAAGUGUAAAGGGGAGUUAAAUAAACAAAACAAAAAAAAAACCCAUUGCCAUCGAGUCAAUUCCAACUCAGAGCGACCCUAUAGGACAGAGUAGAGCUGCCCCAUAGGGUUUCUAAAGAGCAGCUGGUGGAUUCAAACUGCCAACCUUUGGUUAGCAGCCAUAACUCCAGACCACUGCACCACCAGGGCUCCCGAAGGGGAGUUAGAAGCCCAGAAAUCUGUGGAGAUACCCAAAUUGUGUGAUUUGGGUCAGGACCUGAAAUAUGGGUUGGUUAAACAAAGUGGAGGGUAAGUUUUCCCACGUGGGAACAACACAAAUGGAUAGGAAUUGUGUUUAAUGAGUUUGUGAAAUAAGAUACAAGUCUGACCAGAACAGAGGGUGUGCAUUAGGCAAUAAUGUUGAAUAGAGAACUGUCCAACCUGAUAUUAAUCCAAACAAGCUACAAACUUUUACAUAAAUACAGAAAUUCUGUGAUUUAGGCAGCCAGAAUAAAUACCCUGUGGAUGCCAACACUUGUUCCUCUGUUGAGCUGGCCAACAUGCAGUCUGGACAACUUGACAGUUUUUUACCAUCAAGACAAGACUACAUUUACUCCUGAUAACUUAAUAAUCUCAUUGGAGAGCUAAUUAGUUAAGUAUAAGGGAAAGAGCAAAGGCUUUGAAGUGAGAACAGAUUUGUGUUCCAAUUCUAGCCCAGUAACUGGGGCAUAUUUGUACUUGACUGAGACUCACUUUUAUCAUAUAUUAGGAUAAGUAAACCAACCAUGGGGCAGUUCUCUGUCCCGUAGGGUCGCUUCAAGUUGGAAUUGACACAACAGCAAUGGAUUUAUUUUUGUUAUACUAACCUCGCUUGGUUGUUGUAAUAUUUAAACGAGAUAAUGGAUUUGAAAAGUGCCUUGAACAUAGCAGGCGUUCAACAGAAGUUCCUUCUUCCUGUUUCAAGGUGGCUCGGAGACUGGUAGGCUAAAGGACAAGUUGUGGGGUUGAAUCUUGCCAGGCUCAGCAGGUUAAGUAAGGAAUGCCCUUUCUGAAGUUUACUAAUGUAAUCCGUAUAUGCAAUUUUUUGUUCAGUGUAUCUGAGUGAUCUCUGAAGUACGUGGCUUACACGUGGCACUGUUCUUUUUACUCAGUUCUGUAAGAAGGCAAGAGCUGAAAAAAAAAAAAAACAUUACUUUCAGGAUGAUAAGUACUAU